AUGCUACGGGCUGCAGGAGGUUACAUCAGCAACAUUGACUGGGAUCGGCAGUUCGAGAGGAUGAACAUCAACUCUGGCUUUGGGUUCGACUGCAUUACCCAGCAUGGCUCCAACAUAUGUGGCCUGAUGGACAGCCUGCUGCCCCGACCGCUGUUCAAAUUGAUCUCCAUGCAAUGGACGUACCGGCCGAUGGUGGAGGCCCAAAACCUCCUCUUGCAGAAGCCCAAGGAUCCGAAGAUCCAAACGAAGCCUCGCUUCACCCCUGCUGUGGACCAGGCUGGAUGGACAGCAAAGAUGAGUGGGCCGCGCUCUUCCGACAGUGAAGAGAUCGACCGUCGAAUGACGGCAGAAGAGCGAGCAUUGCGUCUGGCAUUUGAAACGGUGGGCCUACAGGUCAACCAGGUGCUCACGCACAUUCCCUGGACCUUCCGAGGCAUGGACCGGGUCACGGUGAAUAUCACCCACAUGAAGAAGAAGAGGUGGCAGAGGACGAAGAGGCAAGUCGAGCAGGGACGGAUCAUGGACCAGCCUCUUUGCCUGUCUGGCACGACGGCGGCCACCAUCACCACCAAUAUGUCGGCGGAGGGCAGAACGCGCAUGAAUGCCAGCGAGAUGGCCCGGCUGAUCCCGGAGCUCGGCACCCUGCCAGAGUACAGCGACGAUGAUCUGCAUGCCGCGGGCUCAUCCUCGGAUGUUGUCUCUGCCUCGGCUCUUGCUGCUGCUCCCACUGGGCCAUGGCAUCUACCUGAAGUGCCUUCUGCCACGGCCAUGGCCUCGACACGCAUGAGCUCCUCUACCUCAGCAAAUGCCAAGCCAAAGGUGAACAGGAAGUGCGAGCCUCAUUUCGCUAUUGCUCUCUCGAGACUCCGAGUGCUUAGCAGCCUUUUGUGUGCAUUUCUGCUUAGUCCUCUGGGCCUAGGCGUCGGCGGUCUGAUAGGGAAGAGUAGUGAUCUGCGACCGAGUAGCGGGAAUAGGGCUAGCGAUCCCGUUGAUCGCGGUAUGCCGUGUGCCGACAAUCACCACUGCAUCGAGCGGCCGAUUGAAAAGGCAAUCUGCACGGUGAGCCAGUUCGUGAGCUUUGCCUUACACUAUGUCCUGGCAAUCAUUGCACAUAAUACACUCUGCCUGCUGCAGUAUUGCAACACACGGCAGAAUGCAUGGUUGGCCAGGUACAACGUGAUGGGCCCGAACAUUGAGGGCCACCAGGACAGCAGGAUAUCUGCCACAGCCGGACCGGCACCCACGCGUUACAUCAAGCGAAGCUACAAAAGGGCAUACGCCAGAGCCCAAAGGACCCAAGCUCUUCCUCGGAACAAGGCGACGAUCAAGACUACGAAGGCCUGGAAGGUGAUAAGGUGGAACUCCUCUGGUCUAACCACCUCAGUCUAUCAGGAGUUGGAAACGUACCUUCGUCAAGAACGGGUGGACAUUGCAUUCAUCCAGGAGUCUAAAUGGCGAUUUGAGAGUACAUGGGAGACUGCGGAGUUCCUAUACAUUCACUCUUGUGGAACAGGACCGGUGGACAAGGUGGGUGGCGUCCUCACCAUUGUGAGCAAACGGCUCGCCAAGGCCUCGGAUCUGCAAUUCCAGGUCCUCCACGGAGGUCGUCUACUUCAUGUCAGGGUUCCGAGUGGUGGGGUCCACGUUGACUUGCUGAACUACUAUCAAUACGCUGUUGUCCAAGAGGAUGUUGUUUAUGAGCGCCGACAAAAUAUGUUUUUCAAAUUACAGAAGUGUUUGGCUGGCUUGCCUCGCAGGAACUCCUUGAUUUUGGCCGGUGAUUUUAACUGCCCGUUCAUCCCCUUCGGCAAUGUUUGUGGCACACAUGUGAUUUCUCCGAGUGCAGAUCACUAUCGAGACCUUCAGGAUCAGCAAAACAUUGCCAAGUCGCUCAAGCUCACGGCCUUGAACACAUGGCAGAGGCCUCCACACGGUCAGGGGGCAAUGUUUACAGCUUUUAGUGAUCGUUCUGCACAGAUCGACUUCAUUGUGGUCAGGUCGAGACAAGCAACAACUACGUCCCGACAAGCGGCAGUGCUCCCGGACUUUCCGGUUGCCGCGUGGAGAGAGGGUCCGAAACAUCAUCCGGUUCAGGCCUGGGUGGCGCUGCCACCACCAACAUGGAUCAAGGACCGUCCCUCUACCUUUGAGCCGAAGCAGAUUGACAAAGAAGCCAUCAUUCAGGACCUAAAGCAAGAGGUCACCGAUCAGCUUACCGGCAUACCUGGAGACCUCAAUAAAAUUCUGCUGCAGGCUGCACUUCAACACUACCCACUUCGACGAGUUGGCAAAGGGGCCACUCAGCCGAUGGAGCUGGCCAAUCAGGCCAAAGACAUGUGGCAGAAAUUCAGGGCGAUGCGUGCAAAUCGCUUCAGCAUGGCUGGCAUUGUCCCAGCCUGGAGGCAAUGGGCGGAAAUUCAACAAGCUCAUGCUCUACACAAAGCCAGGUCCAAGCAGCGGUCGAAGCAGAAGCGUUUAGACAUUGUCCAAAGCGCGCAACAGGCUGCAGAUGAGGGCAACGCCUACAAAGUAUGGCAAGCUGUCCGACGCUUGGUACCAAGGGCUCCCAAGAAACAACUACAACUUCACAAGGACGGGAAAAUACUCAGCUUUGAUGAGGAGCUUCAGUGGAUUGUGACGGCGUACGGGGACCGUUUCGGGGCAAAGGCCGAGAUUGACUGUCCUCAAGUUCAGGUCUCAGAUCGGGGAGGAUUACACAUAGAUCCUGCAGAAAUUGCUUGGCAGUUGGCAAGACUGAAUCCACGGAAGGCGGUCCCACGGUGCACUGCUCCGGCAGUGGUCUUCAAGGCCAGCAGUAACAUCAUUGCAGCCCCAGUGGCUGAACACUUCAAUGAGACCUGGGCGCAGGAGGACCCACAGGUGGACCAAGAUUGGGCAGAUGCAGAGGUAGCCCUGCUGCCCAAAGCACACGGGCGAUCUGCCACGCCCCUAGACUGGAGGCCAAUUGGACUUCAGGACCCCCUGGGAAAAUGUGUCAUGGGACUCGUUGUGGCACAGGCACGGGAAGCAAUCGUUCGACUGGUUCGACAAUACCCGCAGUGCGCCUAUCUUCCAGGUCGGAGCACACACACUGCUCUUCGAAAAGUUUUUCAGCACUGUCAUGGUGUACGUGAAGACUGCUCCAAAGCUCGCAGAACCAUACACGAUCAACAUGCUGGAGCCGCGCCGGUUGGCUGCUCUGGCGGACUACAAAUUAGUGUAGAUCUUAGUGCAGCUUUCGAUGUUGUGCAUUGGGAUCACCUCAAAGAGUCGCUUGAUCUUGCCGGUGUCAAUCUUCUUGUCCAAGAGGUCAUCCUUCAGUGGCUUCGACAAGUUCGCUACCUGUUUCGUCACCGAGGCAAGCAGGGCAUUGUUGUCCCCAAAUGGGGAUUACGGCAAGGAUGCAAAGCUUCCCCUUGUCUGUGGGCAGCCUAUACAGCUCUCCUAUGUGUCAACAUCAACUCACAACUUGGAGGUGACUGGGUGAAAGAUCACCUGACCAAGUAUGCGGACGACUCGCACCUACGCUGGCGGUUUCAAUCCUUUGAGCAGUUCGAGGCCAUCAUGCAAGAAGUCUGCCAAGUGUUUGUCUGCUUCCGUAAGUUUCACAUGAAGAUCAAUCUUGAGAAAAGCAAGGCCAUCCUCAAGAUGGUGGGCACCCUCAAACACAAGGUUCGCAAGGACUUCAUCCGCAAAACUAAUGCAGGCCAUCGACUAUUGCUCUCUCCCAGGAAUCCCGACAAGUGGCUGACCCUGGUGCAAAGUACGGAAUACCUAGGCGCCAUCGUGUCAUACCAGCAGUUUGAGCUUCAAACAUUGCGACAUCGCAUAUCGAAGGCCAACGCACGCAGAUGGGCACUGGCCUCAUUUCUGCACUCUCGCAGGAUAUCGGUCAAGCUUAAACUUCGCAUCUGGCAAAGCAGUGUUUUGUCUUCACUCUUGUACGGAUUGAGCACAUGUGGGCUCACCGGAGGACAAGUGGAGGACGUCCAGCGGGUCAUCAUGAAACAUGUUCGGGCCAUCAUUUCGAACCAGGCGCAUCUCACAGGGGACAAACAUGAAGUCAUUAUCCGAAGAUAUCACAUUCCGUUGGCAGCCGAUCUCCUACAAGCUGAACUUCACAGAGCCAGCGCGGCUCAAGAUCAACAUGCAGAUUGGAUGUACGAGGCAGAGUGGCAAAUGCGUAUGCAUGGCAUUGUGGAUGAGCAGGCGACGUUUGACAAAACUUUACACUCGUCUGCCGUGUCGCCACUGCGUGUCCCACCUGUCACUUUUGUCAUGUUCGGACAAAGGAGUGCGGAGCCAGUACCGGCAUUCGACGAGCUGGAGGACUUCUUUGGGGAGGUGAAGGCAGAGGGUCAAGCGACCAACAAGAGAAGGAAGCCGGAACCCGACAGGCCAUUCCGGUCGUCAGGACAGCUGGGCCGAGCAGACCCAUUAGUUCUUUCUUUGGCGCGGGCUGUGGUCCGUCAAGAGGAGGAGCUGAAAGUGCUCAAGCAGGAUCAUUCGAUAGUGAUGUGGCUACGCCCAGGGGAAUACGGCAUCCUCCACCACCUUUAUGUGACGGCCAAAGCCUUCAAGCAGAAGCAACAGGAAAAUCCGAUGUGGGCCCCGGGACAACAACCAUUGCGCAUAGUAAUGGCGAUAGCUCUUUUUCGGGAGAUGGAGGUCCGGGUCAACAAGGUUCUAGCAGACGAAACCUUGCAGAAGAAGGCGGCAGACAUGGGUUGGCGAGAUCCAGCCACGGGUUGGAGGUAUCAACGAUGGAACCCCUCCUUAAAACACCUGGAAGCCGACUCCUCCAGGAACCCACUGACGGAUCAGCAGGUGCUCCAGGCCUUCAAGAUGCUGUACACGUCCCUGGACCAGGACACGGUUACCAGGUUCUCGUGCACACGGAAGGUUACCGAAACGAUGGCGAACCAAGCUACCUUCCUCAUGGACAUCUCGGUCCGCACACCGGCGGCCAUGGAGGCAUGGAAAACCAUGCACAUGCUUCAGGGCUGCUCUGUUCUGCAGCUCGGCGGGAUGGCGUACAGAAGGGAUACGUUGAAGUGCAGCCCUCUGGUGGAGAAGAUCAAGGAGAUGCUGCGUGCUCUGCUGGCUUUUCAUCGUGAUCCUGAUCGACUUGCCUCUUUGGGGCGUUGUGCUCAGUUCCUCAAUGGCUUGAAGAAUGGCUCCUUUGAGAAGUCGCAUAACUUGUUGAACAACUUCCUAUGGAGGCUCCUGCUCCGUGGAUGGACCGAUGUUCAGAGGCAGCAUGAUGUGAUUGAGUUCGCGGCUCACAUUAAGAACAAACAUGAACUCGUGCUGUUUCAAGGCCAAUGGGAGACGCGAAAAACUUUUGAUGGGGUACCCAGUGCCAUUGAAAUGGGGCUCACGACUCAGCCUCUUCAGCUAUACAUGCCAGAACUACCUCCUGGCCUCGAUGCUGCUCUCAGUGUUCAAAGGCUCAUGGACCACUGGAUGCAUCAUGAUGGGGUUUCAGCACUUACUGUGGCACCCUCAGUCCUCCUUCUACAGAUUGAUCGCUUUCAAAAUGUUCGAGGGCGUAUCUCGAAGCGAAUGGAGGCUGUCAACAUUGGGGGCAAACUGAGAGUGCCUCUCUUCACAGGCAUCGGUCUGGGUAUCCGCAUCAUACCAUACCGACUGACUGCGUACAUCACUCACUUUGGGAUGCACCCACAAUCAGGGCACUAUGUAUGCACUCUGGUGCAGGAAACCGUGCACUGGCGAUGCGACGAUGAGCGGACAGCUGUACAGGGGAGUGCGCUGAGCUUUGAACAUGCUUCCAAUGUCUAUAUGCUCAUCUAUGAACAAACUGAUCUUGCUUCGCAUGACGUGUGA